CUGAAAAAAUAAAUUAUUUCUUGAUAACACAUGAGGAAUGUCCAAAUUUAUUUGGACGGUCCCUAGUAUACUUUAAAGUAUUUUUAUUCGUUAUGAUUAAUUUAUGAAAUGUAAUUUGUUAAUAUUAAAGAGUUUCUGGGUACUAAAGUAAGAAAAAACAAUAACACAAGAAAUUACGAAAAUACCGUUGCACGAGAAUGACAGGGAGCCAUCAUCAAUGAAAUAACCGAUAAGAAUCACUUAUCAACACAUGCGACUUUUGAAACGAAUCUGUAAUAAUAAAGUUGAAAAAAAGAUUAAAAUAUUUACUUACACAGAUUAUCACAUACAGAUUUUGUACUAAAGUUAAUGGUAGCACAUCACACGAACGAAAAGCGAGUGCUUUGCCUAAAUCUUAUACAUAUGUGUUUUUAUUAUCGGCUUUACAUUGUUUUCAUUCUUAUAUAAAAUUCGAGAACUUGGCGAUAACAAUUGAAAUAACAUAAGCACUAUGAUUUUAAGUUCGAGACUUUUAUAUCAAUUAAGGAACAAAAUUUCAACGCGGACGUCGAGAACUUAUAUCCAAUAUUAUAUUGAACCACGUAGAUUUAAAAGCAAUGAAACAAAUAGAGAAACGAAUGCACCUAAAGACAAUCCUAAUUAUUUAUAUACUACAUAUAUUACACUUGGUACUUCUAUAUUAGCUGUAUGUUGUUAUUAUAUAUUCCGUAAAGAAACACAUGCAUUAAUUAAACAUAAUGCACAAUGUGGCGAAUUUAACCCAAAUUUGAAAACAUAUACUUUAGAAGAAGUUGGAAAACAUGAUAAUAAGAAGAAUCGUGUAUGGGUAACAUUUAAACAAGGAGUGUAUGAUAUAACAGAUUUUAUAGACAAACAUCCCGGUGGUCCAUCUAAAAUAAUAAUGGCAGCUGGCAGUUCUAUUGAACCUUUCUGGGCAAUUUUUUCUAAUCACAAUACUUCAGAAAUAUAUGAACUGCUUGAAUCAAUGAGAAUUGGAAACAUUUCUAAAGUAGAUGCGCUUGCUAAUAAAACUGAUGAAAAUGAUCCAUAUUCAAAAGAACCGCAAAGGCAUAAAGCUUUAAAAGUUAAUGGAAGUAAACCCUUUUGCGCUGAACCACCUUCUUCUUUAUUAGUUGAAAGUUUCAUUACACCAAUAGAUUUAUUCUAUGUAAGGAAUCAUCUUCCUGUCCCUGAAAUAGAUCUAAAAACAUACAGUAUAGAAUUAGCUGUAGAGGAAACUACACAAAGAUGUCUCAGCUUUGAAGAUAUAAAAAAGUAUCCAAAAUAUACAAUAACUACUGCUAUAAUGUGUGGUGGUAAUAGACGAUCUGAAAUGGCACAGGAAAAGCCAUUAAAAGGUCUCAGUUGGGGUAUAGGAGCAGUUGGUAAUGCUACGUGGACUGGUGUAAGACUAUGUGACAUCCUAAAAGAUUUAAAAAUUAAUGAAGAUGACUACAACCAUGUUCAGUUUGAGGGAUAUGAUCUAGAUCCUUCUGGUACACCAUAUGGUGCAAGUAUACCCAUCAGUAAAGCUAUGGAUCCCAGAGCAGACGUAAUUUUAGCUUAUGAAAUGAAUGGACAAUCAAUACCAAGAGAUCAUGGUUUUCCUAUACGGGUUAUUGUUCCUGGUGUUGUAGGUGCUAGAAAUGUAAAAUGGCUAGGAAAAAUAAUUGUCUCUAAAGAAGAGAGCCAUUCGCAAUGGCAACAAGGUGACUAUAAAGGUUUUUCCCCUAGCACUAAUUGGGAUAAUGUAGAUUUUUCUAAAGCGCCUGCUAUUCAAGAGAUGCCUGUGAUUUCUGCGAUAUGUACACCAGAACCAUUAGAAAGAAUUAAAGUAAAGAAUGGAAAGAUAAAUGUUAAAGGAUACGCAUGGUCAGGAGGUGGUAAAAGAAUUAUUAGAGUUGAUGUUACGAAUGAUCAAGGUCUAACUUGGCAUACAGCCAAUUUAGAUGCAGAAGAUAAGAAUGCCAAGGAGGGUCGAUAUUGGAGUUGGACACUAUGGAGUGUAGAUCUUCCUGUUAAUAAAGAUUGGCAAGAGUCAGAAAUAUGGGCAAAGGCUGUGGAUGCAUCCUAUAAUGUACAACCAGAAAGUUUCAAACAUAUUUGGAACUUACGAGGUUUUCUUUGUAAUGCAUAUCACAAAGUUAAAGUUAUAUUAGAACAUUGAAUUGCAAUAACAAAUUUCUUUUUUUGUAUCUUAAAUAAUAUUUAAUCCUUGUGCUUUUUUAUUACAAUACAUAUUACAAAUUUUAUAUAUACUCACAUAAGGAAUUUAAAAUAUAUUAAGUUUUCAUAUUUUCUGCUUCAAAGUAACUAGCUAUACUUUCCAAACUUAACUCCGUAGAUGACGAAUCAUUUAUGUUAUGAACUUCAAAUGUUGGUGGUGACAUCAUAGCUGUUUUACCAAGAACUAUAACAUAUGGAUAUCCAACAAGACGUGCCAGUUUCAUACGUUUUCCAAUAGUCAACUUUGUUCUAUCGUCAAGUAUAGUUUCAAUAUUUAAUUGAUUUACAAUCUCUAAUAUUUGGUUCAGAUAUUGAUUUGCCCCCUCUUCGUUGCUGCCAGACUGAAAGAUUGUAAUAAAAAUACAUUAAAAAAUGAAAUUUGACGAAUGAAUACAAUAUUAACUUAAAUUUUCUGCAAUCUUUAUAUAAUAAAAUUUUGAACUUAGUACCUUUGGUGUUAUAAUGCACAAAGUAUAAGGUGCCAAACUCUUUGGCCAUCUAAGUUCACCUUCUUCUGUACGCAAUUUCUCAGCCACAACUGUCAAUAUCCGACUUAAGCCAAGUCCAUAACAUCCCAUUACUAAAGGUUUCAAUUUCUGUUGCAUGUAUACAGCUCCCAAAGGUUCAGUGUAUUUUGUGUCUAAUAAAAACGUAUGUCCUACCUUAAAUAAAAGAUUUUAUGAUUUUAUUUUCUUGAAACAAAAAUUUUCACUGGGAAAAUUACUAGUAACAUAUAAAUAUCUAUAUAUAUUUUAUUACUUCAGCAGUAGAUUGUUCCAACAAUGUAUUACUGCAUUGAGGACACUUGGAUUCUUUACACAUAACUUUGUUAAUAGCGUAUUGACAUGCUGAACAUGUACAAAUAAUAUCAUCGGUAUUAUCACAUGUAUAAUGAUACUCAUGGGACUUUAAACCUCCAAUAAUUCCUGUGUCACCAAUAGCUGUAAAUAUUCAUGAUAUAAAUAAAUUAUAAGAUACUACAUUAAUUAUAUUGAAGAAAUACUAAUCAUAAUUGCAUAUAAUGCUACCUUUAGUAAAUUUUAUCCCUAACGUUUUGAAUAUAUUACUAUAUGCUUCACAUACUGUUUCAUAUGAUUGAUUUGCAUCAUCUAAAGUUGCAUCAAACGUAUAUAGAUCUUUCAUAAUAAACUCUCUACUUCUAAGGAACCCAAAUCUUGGUUUAAUUUCAUCUCGCCAUUUGUUAGAAAUU